UCAUGACAGAGUAUUUAAAUUUUACAAUAAAAUUUUAGGGAAAAAGAAACAAAAACAGUGCCUUUAGAUGAAAAUGAUAUCAACUUAUUAAAAAAGUAUGGAAUGGGACCUUACGCAGAAAAGAUUAAACAAUUAGAGGAAGAAAAUAAAAAUUCUGUGACUACUAUUAACAAAAUGGUAGGAAUAAAAGAGAGUGAUACAGGAUUAAGCAUUCCUAGUACAUGGGAUCUAGUGGCUGAUCAAAAAUUAGCAUCGGUAUCAAAAUUUUUAUGAAAUUAAGGAACAUCCAUUGAUAGUGGCUAGAUGCACAAAAAUAUUCAAAUCAAGUUUAUAAUAAAAAGAUUUGUAUAUGAUCACAAUUAAACACAUUGCCAAAUAUGUAGCAGGAUUGGGUGAAAAAGUGGCACCUACUGAUAUAGAAGAAGGAAUGAGAGUUGGAGUUGAAAGAUAGAAAUAUGCAAUACAAUUACCUUUGCCACCAAAGAUAGAUCCAUCAGUUACAAUGAUGACAGUUGAAGACAAACCAGAUGUUACAUAUAAUGACAUAGGGGGAUGCAAAGAAUAAUUAAAGAAAUUAAGAGAAGUAGUUGAAAUGCCUUUGUUAAAUCCUGAAAAAUUCAUAACAUUGGGUAUAGACCCACCAAAAGGAGUUUUAAUGUAUGGGCCACCAGGAACAGGAAAAACUUUGACAGCAAGAGCUGUUGCAAAUAGGACUGAAGUAUUUUUUAACUUGUAAUUAGGCUUGUUUUAUUCGUGUAAUAGGAUCAGAAUUAGUUUAGAAAUAUGUAGGAGAAGGAGCAAGAAUGGUUAGAGAAUUAUUUUAGAUGGCAAGAACUAAGAAGGCUUGCAUUAUUUUUUUUGAUGAAAUUGAUGCAAUAGGUGGAGCUAGACAUGAUGAUGGAAAUGACAAUGAUGUUUAAAGAACUAUGCUUGAGAUAGUUAAUUAAUUAGAUGGUUUUGAUUCGAGAGGAAAUAUUAAGGUUUUGAUGGCAACUAAUAGACCAGAUACUUUAGAUCCAGCUUUGUUAAGACCUGGUAGAUUAGAUAGAAAAGUUGAAUUUUCUUUACCUGAUUUAGAAGGUAGAGCAGGCAUAUUUAAAAUUCAUGCAAGAACUAUGAGUAUGGAAAAAAAUAUUAGAUAUGAAUUAUUAGCAAGGUUAUUAUUGAUAAUUAUUUGAUUUAGAUUAUGUCCAAACACAACAGGAGCUGAUAUCAGAAGUGUUUGCACAGAAGCAGGAAUGUUUGCUAUCAGAGCUAGAAGAAAGGCUAUUAGUGAAAAGGAUUUGUUAGAAGCUAUUGAAAAAGUUAUCAAAGGUUACUAAAAGUUCUCAGCAACUCAAAAAUAUAUGGUCUAUAAUUGAUU